AUGGCCAUACGUUCGCCUUUGCCAUGCGCUGCUCAUACCGCCUGGCCAGCCUUUUCAGGUGCAGGCCGCGCGGGAAGCGCGCCGAAGCCAAGGCCGGGGAUUCGGGGCUCCAAGUCGCUCCUGCUGGCAGCCGUUGCGGCCAGGACUAGGGGGAAGACUCUCCGACGUGCGCGGAGUGGGCAGGACUUGGAUGAUGCCGAGAGAGCGUUUCAAGCGGCUUUCAAAGCAGAGUCCGAGCGCUGCGAUCUGGUCGCUCAACAACUUCAGGAAACCCUGGACCGUCUUCGCCCGGGGGAAGGCGAGCUGCAGUCAAGCGUGCACGUUGACGCGGCCAGCUUUGCCCCUGACGCCGGGGGCAAGAGCUCGUGGAGGGAAGCCUUUGAGGCUGCCAAGUCCUUGGCAGAUUCACUCGAGUGGGACCUGGAGAAGGCACGCAGGACUGGUGAGCUAGAGGAGCCAGCGCACGUGCAGGAUCAGAGCCCAGCUGCCCCGUCAGGUGGCUCAGCGGAAGCACUCGUGGUGGAAAAGGAGUGGCAAGAGGACUCCGUGAAGAGGUUGGAGGCAGUUGCGGAGUUCUUGGAGGAUGAGACGGCGCUGCGCUUCAUUGCCACGCCAGUCCUGGCGCGCGACCAGGAGGAUGUGAAGCUCCCACCUUUGCGACAGGUGCGCGAGCUCAUGAAGGAUCUGUUCAACAUCAACUCGGAGGUGGCAUUUGACCGUGUGUAUGUACUUCAGGGCCAGGUCGCCGACAGCAUGGCGCCAGAUGGGGUGCUUGCAACCAUGCAGCAGCGUGCAGCAUCAGCUGCUAUGGAUGUGGAGUUCUUCCUGCAGCGGAAUUCUGAUUCGCAGGCUGUCUUGGUCAUGCUGCAGGAGGACAUGCCCAGCAACGAGUUCGCUUGGUGGCAGUGGCUGCUUUGUGGCUCAGCCUUGCUCGCCACGCUCAUCUCUGUGAACAUGGACGCCUUCAGCGUGACCGUGGGGCAGCUCGACGUGGCCAACCAAAAUGUGUCUGAUAUGGCGCAGCUGGCGCAACCAACGUUGCCGACAGCAGCAUCCAUUUUCGCCGUGGUCGCCGCCAUGGAGGGUCAACGCAUUGAGCGCCGAUCUCUCGCAGCCACUUGGCCCGAAGAGUUUCUGGCAGGCAUCAUGACCAGCGCGAAGGAGAAGGUGUUUACCGCAGGGCAUCUGGACAAUGUCAAUGCCGCCCAUCCACACAUGGACGACCCUCGCUUCCUGACGAUCACCAACCAGUCCAACAAUUGCAUCCUGCGCUUCACGGUGUUUACUCGUUGUGCUCGCGAGUUGGGGGAAGAAGACACGCGCUGCAAGUACCAGUACUAUCGCGCCCAAUGCACUUGCCCCGAGUCUCAGUUGGAGGAUUGGAUGGAGCAUCGUGCCCGGGGCUCCUGCCAUUUGGAUGUCUUGCCGGAUCGCAGCACUGUCCACGUGAAGCAGUGA